UAAAAACAGUAGGCUGUUUGCACAGAUUCACACACAGUAAUAUACGUACUAUUUAGCUGCCUAAAAACAGGGGAAUAUGAACAGGAAUAAGCCACUCAGGCUUCUUGGCCUCGAAGACAGCGAAUCGGAGACAAAGCCGAAACUUACUUUGAACCGCCUGAGUGUAAUGCCAAUCCAAUGUCCUUUGGAGUCCUGCAUUGCCACGAUUUCCAGGCAGGAUAUGCUCGCCCAUUUGGCGUCGCAGCACUUGCGAUCGAGCCUGCGGAAGCACUUGCAGCUGGCCUUCGCUGGGGAACGCUGCACCCUGAUCUUUGAUCCCGCCCAGCUGCCGGCCAGGCAGACCAUAUGCCUGGGCGUUCUGCUGUACGGCGGUGAGCGUGGCAGGCAGGACCAGUUACCCGGAGUACGGGAGUUCAGUCAUCGGAAUCGAUUGCCGGCGCACUCGGAGCUGGAGUCGCUGCAGGACUAUCUGCCCGUCAUGGUGCUGGUGCGAAGGACCACAUUCUUUGACUGGGCAUUGCUAGACAGGAAUAAGGAAGCGAAUGAGUAUAAAGAGUCGCUUUACCAGAAAUGCAGCACUGGUAAAUGGGGUGUAGCCAAGUGGGUGACGCAUCUGGAUUUCACAUGUGAUCAGUAUGCCAAGUGCAGUGCGGAACAGAACAGUGACUAUAGUAGCCAAGAGUAUUUCGAUCCAAGGAAGCGUGACAUAACUGGGCACGAUAACAGGCAAGACUUAAAGGACUUGGAUAUGUACAUCAUUUGGACGCAGAGUGCGCCCUGCAUCCGACCACUCCACGUUUGCCUCACCGCCUUCAAUCGCACCUUGUCGGAUGGCCGGAGCGUCCUGCGUUUGGUGGCCAACUCGGGCAGAGUUUUCCCCGAAAUCGGUGGCAAGGAGCUGCCCAAGGACCGGCAUUCCAUGUGGCUGACGCAGCGGGAAUUGGAGGAGAUAUGUGGCGCUGAAUAUCAUCUCCAUCUCGAAGUGAUCCUGAAUGAGUCUUUGGAAUGACCUAAGAUUUGGUUUAUUUACUAUACAUUUGUAUUUAUUAAACCGCAGAGUUGUGAAACAAA